AUGAACAAGAGAAUUAAUUAUUUCAGCCUAGUUCAUUUUGUUGCUUUCUUGAUUGUUGUUUCAUUGGCUUGUAGUAACACAUUAAUGGUGGAGGCUGAAAAGUACAAGCCAAAUGAUGGCAUAAAGGCAAUGCUAACAAUCAAUGACUUUGAGAAAGGCGGUUCAGGUGGCGGUCCAUCAGAAUGUAGUGGCAAAUAUUACGAUAACUCGAUUCCAGUGGUGGCUUUAUCCACUGGAUGUUACAGCAAAGGGAGAUGUUGUUUUGAAAAUAUUACUAUAUCUAUGCAAAUAAUGGGAUGA